AUGGCGGAUGAAAUGCCAGCAGCUAGUCUUGUCGCAACUGGCAAGAAACGAAUCCCAAAAGCGUGCGGCUCCUGCCGUGCUUCCAAGGUCAGGUGCGAUGGGCAAAGACCUUGUUCCCGUUGUCAACACCUGAGGAAAAUCUGCAUCUUUGCCGAAAGACCUCAAGACCCUAAUGAAUUGAGAAUUCAAAGUCUACAAACAGAAGUGCAACUGCUGAAGAACAGGCUCGAUAACCAGCAACAUGGAGGUCAUGUAGCUUCCCACCUUUCCACAGCGCCUGCCACGAAUACCUCUCCUUUAAGUAUCCAAGAUCUGACAACCCUGCCUCACGGACAAAGCCCAGCCAUGCAACGACAUCCAAGCUCGCCAUCACGUAAACGAGCAAGGACUCGGGUCGAAGUAGAGGUCGGUUCCGUUCCCAACUUCGUUGCUCGAGGGAUCGUCACCAUGGAGCAAGCUGAGCUCUUCUUCAAUGCUUUUUUUCAGGGAUGCGAUCGCUAUGUGCCUAUCUUUGACCCUCUCCACGAUUCAUUCCAGUCCAUCAGGGCCAGGAGUUCAUUGCUAUUCGACGCCAUCGUGGCGAUUGGGAGCGGUGUCCUCGGGGAUGACAGCUCACAAGUGUCCAAUAUGCUCAACUUUCAACUCAAGAAGAUGAUCAACCUCGCCAUCGUUAGCCCGGAAUAUGCCUGUCUGGAAACCGUGCAGGCGCUCCUGAUCAUAGCCAGCUACUCCGCAGAGCGGUCAUUGAUACUGGCGUUCGCAACAAGGAUGGCCGUGGACAUCGGACUGCCAGAUGCAUACGAGGAGUUGACAAAAAGACUCGUGGAUGGCGCGACAGCGGGCGUACGGGGUGACUCCAACCUGACUGAAGCGGAACUGAUGAGGCGUGCCAGAGCCUGGUUUCAGUUGAUGGUACUCGAGCAGAUCCUCCGCGUGGAUGCGGGCAACCUAAGGGCUUUUCAGCUCCGAGGCAAAGCGCGGAGAUGUCGCAUACUGCUGAAUCAACCUUUCUCGACAAUCCUUGAUCUUCGCCUUCUGUCACAAGUAGAGUUAAACGCUCUACGGGAGAAGAUUCAUGACUCUCUUUCGACAUGUGACAAAGACGACGCGGACGAAGUCAUGGCAAUAGUCCGAGAUGCUCAAAUUGACAUCGACAUUUGGUAUGACGAUUGGCAGAGCAUAAUGAAGCGAUCGUCGACUGCAGAGACUCCAGUACUUUUGCUCAAUUUGGAAGUGCAGAAAUAUUGGUCUCAGGCAGUGAUCUUAUGUCGAGCAGUGCGUGCACUUGGGAAUGAAAACAUUUCCGAGAUGUCGGUCAGUCAGCGACACCUGCUAACAACGGCGAAAACGGCGCUGGAAAGACAUCUUCGAAUCAUUCUCGACCAGCCACAGAACUACCUGGCGCAUUUUCGAUAUGCAAUGGACUUUGUUUGGGCCAAGGCUGCAUUUUGUUUCCUACUGCUCCUAAAGUUGACGCGCUUGUUACCCGAGGAGGACACCACAUUCAAUCAACAGCUGCUGCACGACGGCUAUGUCCUGCUAAGUGAACUCAACAAAGCAGGUGGUGGAUCGUCCAGUGGUGGGGGCAGGAGUCAGACCAGCAAGAUGUAUUUGCAGGUACUUCAAUUGAGCAUCCAGAAGUACGCACGAGCAGUUCAAGGCGAUCGGCUGAACCAACAGAGUCUUCUGGCGGAUGAACCGGUUAUCAUCCAAGACAUGCAAUCGCCGCUGAACUUCUUUUGGACUUCGGACAACCAAAGCGCCCAGAAUGAGCUUGAAUCAUUCAUACCGGAACAAUUUGUUUUCGAAUGGGACUUCCCUGGUCUGACACUGUUUUCGUCCCCUGAUGUGGGAGAAAACUUUCUCGACGAGUUCUUGAUGGGUACCAAUGUUGACGCGGAGUCCUGGUUCCUGGGUGUCCCAGGAUGA